AUGUGAGCUAAGACAAUGUCGAGUCGAUAUCUGUUGCUGUUGCUGUUUGGUUGUGCUGGGAUCCUUGGCUAUGCCAACGCCAGAAAAUGCAAGUUAAAGGAUCCACUCCCAUAUGAGGCGGCCGACUACUGCAAGGCAUCGGAACUGCACUUGGGCUGCAAUCACAAUCAGAAAUUUGGCGGCCAUUGCCAGGCGACGGCCAAGCUGCUCGAGAUUGAGCCGCAGUUGUCGAAGGCAAUCGUGAGGCAAAUGAAUGUCUAUCGCAAUAUCGUGGCAAAGGGCGGACUGCCCAACCUGGCGACAGCUGCGCUCAUGAAUAAACUGGCCUGGGAUGCAUCUUUGGCCGAAUUGGCUGGCCUGGCGGCAAUGCGCUGCUCCCUUGAUCCGAUCAAGCGAAGUUUCACAACCACGCUCGCCUCGAAGCCGGGCUACACGGCGAUCCUCACCAAAUAUCCCAAGGGCCAGAAACAGACUGUUAACCAAAUAAUGCUCUCUCAACUAAAGACAUUCUACAAUCAGCACGUUCAUAUAACUCCGGCGAGUCUCCUGACCGGCGAAGGGCGAGGCGGUCGGGAUGUUUCACAUUUCCUGCAACUUAUAACCGGCAUGAACUCUCGCGUGGGCUGUGGCAUUGUCAUCUUUGAGGAAAAUAAAUGGACGGUCCAGUUGAUGAUCUGUCUCUAUGGCUGCAGCAAGCAGCCGAAAUCGUUAACAUAUUCUAUAGGGCAUACGCCCAAAGUAUCCUGCCUUUGCCCUGACACAGAUAAGGAAUUUAAAAACCUUUGCCCCUAUACCAGUGUCCAGCAGGAUUGCGGUCUAUUAAAUGAAGAAGGUGUUUCCACAACGCCUGGGCCAACAUUGCAGCCUGUCGAUAAUAUGUAUUAUUAA